CACCAGCACCUGAUCAUUUCUGGACCAAAUAAAGACAGAAGACAGAAAAUUCGCCUUCUCUUUCUCUCUCUAAAACAAAAACUAUACCAAAGGAGCUUUGGCUGGGGAACUUUCAUGGACUGACUAGAGCUCAGUUUAAUCUGCAAAUCCCAUUUCAGGUUGCUUUGUAGACGAUAGAUUGUUUGUACUGCUUCAAAUUUGUGCCAAUGGAACACCAUUUUGGUCAAGACGCUGCUCCUGCAUCUGGGUCCUUUGAUAAGACUAGGGUUUUGAACGUGAAGCCAUUAAGAACGCUUGUUCCUGUGUUCCCUUCACCAUCUAAUCCUGCUUCAUCUUCAGCUCCCCAAGGGGGUGCUCCAUUUGUCUGUGUUUCACCUUCUGGUCCUUUCCCUUCUGGGGUUGCACCCUUCUAUCCAUUCUUCAUCUCCCCGGAGUCCCAGAGGCUCUCAGAGCAGAAUGCACAAACCCCCACUGGUCAACGUAUGCCUGCUACUCCUGCUGCUCCUAUAUCGACUGCAAUUCCAAUUAAUUCAUUCAGGACGCCAACUGGAGCUACUAAUGGUGAUUUGGGCACAUCGAGGAGGAGUACCCGAAGUCGGGGACAGGUCGCACAGGAAGAUGGCUACAGUAAUGCUGUGAUAGAGGAAGUUGAGGCAGAUGCAACAACUGCGGCUAAAAGAUCAAAGCGCAAGUUGCAGAACAAGAUAAAGGGACCGCCGAGUGUUGGUUCUGGGGAUGUUGAUCCAGAUGCAGUGGCUGCUGAUAUUCUCAAGUCACUUAACCCAUUGGUUUUUAAUGUACUAAAUCAACCCGAAGGUAGCAGGGACUCAGUUGCAUAUACACUCAUGAUAUAUGAAGUAAUGCGAAGGAAGCUUGGACAAAUUGAGGAUUCAAAUAGGGCUGCUAACGCUGUAGCAAAACGACCAGACUUGAGGGCAGGUGCAAUUAUGAUGAAUAAAGGUAUUCGGACCAACAGCAAGAAACAUAUUGGACUUGUGUCUGGUGUUGAGAUUGGGGAUAUUUUCUUUUUCAGAUUUGAAUUAUGCUUAGUGGGUUUACAUUCACCUUCUAUGGCUGGAAUUGAUUACAUCGGUACCAAAACCAGUCAAGAGGAAGAGCCCUUAGCUGUAAGUAUUGUCUCAUCUGGAGGGUAUGAAGAUGAUGUGGAGGAUGGGGAUGUGCUGAUUUACAGUGGCCAAGGUGGGGUUAACCGUGACAAGGGAGCAAGUGAUCAAAAGCUUGAAAGGGGUAAUCUUGCUUUGGAUAACAGUGCUCAUAGAGGUAACGAAGUGAGGGUAAUUAGGGGUUUGAAGGAUUUGUAUCAUCCAACGGGGAAGGUAUAUGUCUAUGAUGGUCUUUACAAGAUUCAAGAUUCCUGGGUGGACAAAUCAAAAUCUGGUUUCAAUGUGUUCAAGUAUAAAUUAGGCAGGUUGCCUGGACAGCCUCCAGCAUAUAUGAUUUGGAAAUCCAUUCAACAAUGGACUGAGAAAUCUGCUCCAAGAGCUGGGGUUAUAUUGCCUGAUCUUACUUCUGGGGCCGAAAAAGUACCUGUUUGUCUUGUGAAUGAUGUUGAUGCCGAGAAGGGCCCUGCAUAUUUCACUUACCACCCAAAUCUUAAGAAUUUGAGGCCAACUGCUCCGCUGGAAUCCUCUAUUGGAUGUUCUUGUAUUGGUGGAUGCCAACCUAACAAUUCUAACUGUCCUUGUGUUCAAAAGAAUGGUGGCUAUCUACCAUAUUCUUCAGCUUCAUUAAUUGCAGACCUAAAAUCUGUUAUAUAUGAGUGUGGUCCUUCUUGUCAAUGUCCUCCUAAUUGCCGAAAAAGGAUUUCUCAAAGUGGCUUGAAGUUUCGUUUGGAGGUUUAUAAAACCAAGAAUAAAGGAUGGGCUCUUAGAUCAUGGGAUGCUAUUCGAGCAGGAUCUUUCAUAUGUGAGUAUGCUGGGGAAGUCAUAGACAGUGCCAGAGUGGAGGAGGAGCUUGGUGGUGACAAUCUUGAUGAUUACAUUUUUGAUUCUACUCGCAUUUAUCAACAACUGGAAGUUUUUCCAGGUGACACUGAAGCUCCAAAAAUCCCAUCCCCCCUAUAUAUAUCCGCAAUUAAUGAAGGGAAUGUUGCUCGGUUUAUGAAUCACAGCUGCUCUCCAAAUGUAUUAUGGCGUCCAGUCAUACAUGAAAAUAAGAAUUUUUCAGAUCUCCACAUUGCUUUCUAUGCAAUUAGACAUAUCCCUCCUAUGAUGGAGUUAACUUUUGAUUAUGGGACGGUUCUUCCUCUCAAGGCAGGUCAUAGUAAAAAGAAAUGCUUAUGUGAAUCUGUGAAAUGCAGGGGUUACUUUUGUUAAUUAUUUGUCCUAUGAGUUUUGGAUGAAGAGGCCUCUGAAUGAAUGUACUGAAGGAUAAGGUGUAUAAUUUCUGUCUUUGUGGCGUAGAAAUAGCAUAAAUGUAGAACGUGAUUUAUGAUAUUGCAUCAUGUUUCUCAGCUGUAGCUGUAAGACCAGACAGCAGGAUGGAACUAUUUAGAAAGAUGUUAGCAGACAAACUUUUCUUUUUGGCAAACCUAGUAAAUUAUCACUUGAAAGAUCAAGUUGCCUAUUUACUGAUGUGGGUAAGUUAAGUUGUAAAAGUUAACUGUAGACACAUUUUAUGUAGACUGUUUCUUUUUUCUGCUGUUAGAUACAUUUUUUUUUCCUCAUGGAUGGAUUUUGACUAGGGCUGUUAGUAGUCCACAUUUUGAACUAGAUCCGUAGAAUUGGAUAUUUAAGUUU